UGGACUACAGUGAAUGGAGCAGCGUGCAUUACAAGUUGUAGCUCUUUCUGCCAGUACUUCACGCUUUUUUUAGGAUCUAAUUCCGCCUUACUUUGAGUGCGACAUUUUGAAGAAAACACUUAAACGUACUGUUUUGUAGCCGGGCAGCAACUUGGUUGCUUAUUUCAGGUUGAAAAUGUCAGUCGUGGGAUUUGAUGUGGGUUUUCAGAGCUGUUAUGUUGCUGUGGCCAGAGCCGGUGGAAUAGAAACGGUAGCGAAUGAAUACAGUGACAGAUGUACACCGUCAUUCGUAUCUUUUGGGCCUCGAAAUCGGGCAAUAGGAGCAGCUGCCAAGAGUCAGGUGGUCACAAACUGCAAUAAUACAGUUCAAGGUUUCAAGCGAUUCCAUGGCAGGGCAUUUACUGACCCCUAUGUCCAGGCUACAAAGUCCAGCUUGGUUUAUGAUCUGGCUCAGAUGCCCACAGGGACCACUGGCAUCAAGGUGAUGUACAUGGAGAAGGAGGAGGUGUUCAGUAUUGAGCAGGUGACUGCCAUGCUGCUCACCAAACUCAAAGAGACGGCUGAGGCUGCUCUCAAAAAACCAGUAGCGGACUGUGUUAUUUCUGUUCCCUGCUUCUACACUGAUGCAGAGAGAAGGUCGGUCAUGGAUGCAGCACAGAUUGCAGGCCUUAACUGCUUGCGACUUAUGAAUGAGACCACUGCAGUUUCCCUGGCAUAUGGCAUUUACAAGCAAGACCUGCCAGCCCCCGAGGAGAAACCCAGGACGGUGGUGUUUGUGGAUGUGGGCCAUUCUGGUUACCAGGUUUCUGCUUGUGCUUUUAACAAAGGAAAGUUGAAGUUCUUGGCUUCAGCGUUUGACUCGGAGCUGGGUGGCAAGGAUUUCGAUGAGAUCUUGGUUCAGCACUUCUGCAACGAAUUUGCCAAAAAAUACAAGCUGGAUGUGCGCUCCAAGCCACGUGCCCUCGUGCGCCUCUACCAGGAGUGUGAGAAGCUGAAAAAGCUCAUGAGCGCCAACUCGUCAGACCUGCCACUCAACAUCGAAUGCUUCAUGAACGACAUCGACGUUACUGGCAAACUCAACAGAGGCGAUUUCGAGGAGAUGUGUGCGGCGCUGCUGGCUAAAGUGGAGGCUCCCCUGCGCAGCGUUCUUGAACAAGCCAAGCUAAAAAAAGAAGACAUCUACGCCGUCGAGAUUAUAGGCGGGGCUUCUCGGAUCCCCGCCAUCAAAGAGAGAAUCAGCAAAUACUUCGGCAAGGACCUGAGCACCACGCUGAAUGCGGAUGAGGCCGUGGCCAGAGGCUGUGCCCUACAGUGUGCAAUCCUGUCACCUGCCUUUAAAGUGCGGGAGUUUUCCAUCACAGAUGUGGUCCCUUAUCCCAUCUCUCUUAAAUGGAAUUCAGCCGCGGAGGAAGGCUUGAGUGAUUGUGAGGUAUUCCCCAAAAACCACCCUGCACCUUUCUCUAAGGUGCUGACCUUCUACCGCAAGGAGCCCUUCUCCCUGGAGGCCUACUACAAUGACCCAAAGGACUUUCCUUAUCCAGAUCCUACAAUUGGCCAGUUUAUGGUCCAGAAGGUGGUGCCACAGGCAUCUGGUGAGAGCUCCAAGGUGAAAGUGAAAGUUCGUGUGAAUAUACAUGGAGUAUUCAGCGUGUCCAGUGCCUCACUGGUGGAGGUGCUGAAGCCCGCCGAGGGAGAGGAGCCCAUGGAGAUGGAACCGGCUACCAAAGAGGAGGAGAAUAAGAUGCAAGUGGACCAAGAAGAACAGCAGGGCCAGAGUGACGUGGCAAAAGAGAACGCAGAUAAGAAAUCCGACACUGAGGACAUGGAGACCACCACCGAGGAGAACAAGUCGGAAAAGAAAAAUGACCAGCCGCCACAGGCCAAGAAAGCCAAAGUGAAGACAAAGACAGUGGACCUGCCCAUAGAAAACAGCCUGCAAUGGCAGCUUGCUAAUGACAUGCUCAACCUGUUUGUGGAAAAUGAGGGCAAGAUGAUCAUGCAAGACAAACUGGAGAAGGAGAGAAAUGAUGCCAAGAAUGGUGUUGAGGAAUAUGUGUAUGAGAUGAGGGACAAACUUCAUGGAGUGCUGGAGAAAUUUGUCAGCGAGGAAGACAGAGAUGCAUUUAGUCUAAAACUUGAAGACACAGAAAACUGGUUGUAUGAAGAAGGAGAGGACCAACAGAAGCAAGUCUACAUCGAUAAGCUUGCAGAGCUGAAAAAACUGGGACAACCCAUAAAGGAAAGAGCCAUGGAGGCAGAAGAGCGACCAAAAGCUUUUGAAGAGCUUGGAAAACAAAUCCAAAAGUAUAUGAAGAUUUUAGAAGCUUAUAAAGCAAAGGAUGAGCUGUAUGACCACUUGGACGAGUUAGAGGUACUAAAGGUUGAGAAGCAGGUGAACGACGCCAUGACCUGGAUGAACAACAAAAUGAAUGAACAGAGCAAGCAGAGUCUUACAGCAGAGCCUGUAGUCAAAGCUCAUGAGAUUCAAGCAAAAACGAAGGAGCUGUAUUCUGCCUGCAACCCUGUUGUUUCCAAACCCAAGCCCAAAGUUGAGCCGCCAAAGGAGGAAAAAGCCCCCGAACAGAACGGCCCCGUUAACGGACAGGAAGGCUCAGAAGCUCAGCCCAACAGCCCCAACAAAGACCAAGCGGCACCAGAAUCCACAGAGGCCAAGCUUCCAGAAAUGGACAUUGACUAAUUCAACCUUCCCACUCCCAACGUUCUCUCGACUUGCCUCUCUCAUGCCUCCAGUACAUGACUGAAACAAGUUAUCCUUAGCAUCUUAGCCUGGGUUUGUUUCUACAGGCACUUAGUGCUUAUUUUUUCAGCUCCUUUUGAACUUACCAUGUAUGGGUCACCUUUCAAAUUAUGCUGUAUAAAAUUGCACUUCCGCUGUCUGUUCACAUUAAAGAGAACUUGUGAGCAGAAGAUGAGGACUUGGUCUGUGUGUCACUUUGAAAAAUGUAGUUUUGGUAAGUCAGCGUAACAGAAGAAAAUGACAUGUCAUUAUAAACUGCACAUAUAUAUUUUAUUUUUUUGUCUUGGCUAGUAGGAUGUGUUGCUGCUUAAAGAUUGGUGAUCCGCUGUCACUGGAGGUUCAUUUACAUGUACGAAGCAAAACGAAGUACAGAAAUAAUUAAGAGGAAUUAAUUGAUAUAGAAUAGUAGCAUCAGCUGAAUGUUAAUGCAAAUUUUUUACUGUUUAGCAGUAUUUUCAUUGUUAAAAUCACAUUGUAGCUGAGAUAUUUGUGUAUGGUUGCUUCUGGAUUAGCCUUGUAUUUUUUUGUAUUUUUGCUGUGCUGCUGGUGUGGAUAGUAGAGACCAAGUUGGUAUUCCUUUCCAGUCAUGAAAAAAGUAAUAAAUCUCAUUUUGGCACACUGACCUGGGAGCUGUUUAGAAUGCUAGCUGCAACUCACCUGGUGGUUACAAUGCUUUAAGAGGUGCUACAGUUAAUUCAUGUUCUUUUUCAGGUUGUAUAUAAUGGUUUGGUUUGCAGAAUAUUCAUGCUGUCUGUUUGUUGAGGUGAAAUAAAGGACUUGGAAGGGUUAUUGAUA